GCCUAACGAAAGCCUAAACGAAACAGCAAGCUACGGUCAUGGCAGGUCCAGCUGAUAAGAAGAGGAGGGCUUUUAAUUUCAGCCAAGACGAGUUGGAGGCAUUAGUUCAGGCGGUGGAAGACAGGAAACAUUUAUUGUUCGGUAAAUUUUCAAUGACCGUAACGUCGCAGUCUAAAGAUAGACACUGGAAAGAGGUGGCGGACUCUGUCUCAGCGGUUUGUGGGAUGCUGAGGACGGUGGAGAGUACAAAGAAAAAGUGGUCCUCUCUAGCAAGUGAUGCUAAGAUCAGGGGGGUCUUACAAAGGAGGGACCAAGCAAAGACGGGGGCUGGUUUGCCCGAAGUGAAGCCCCUAACCUCACAGGAGGAGAAGAUCCUGGCCGUCAUGGGUCAAGUUUACACCAAAGGCAUUGCAACCGGCACGGAGGUGGGACUGGAUGAGCUGUGUGAGCAGAGAAGUGGCGAGGUGUGUCAAUCAACAUCGUCUGACCCUGAAUCGAGAAGGGUCAUAUUAACGCUGAUGGAUUCAGAGUGUGACACUAUGAAUCUGCCACCAGCAAUUGUCAUCCCAUCACCUGCUAAAAAGAAGAAGCACAUAGGCCUACAAGAGGAGCUUCUGGAGUUGGAGAAGGAGAAGCUAAUGAGAGAAAAAAAAAAUUCGAAUUUAUGA